AAAAAAGCGACAAGAGAACAAAUUGACAUACAUGAUGAAGAUGAAGGCGAUAAGGUUCUGACGUCCCUUGGCCUCAUUAAUCAUUAUGAUGAUUUUUGUUGAUCUAUUUUAUCUUCCCCCAAACAAACUCGUUGGACCAUUAUUGUUGUUUUCCCUGGCGGGGACUCUUUUAUUAUUAUUCCUUGGUCAUAUCGACCGGACUGACGCCGGCGACAUGAGAACUCCACCCACUCAGCCUCCAUUGUUCAAUAAUACCACCAAAAGGCGCCAAAAUUGAAACAGACAACAAGAACGAGGCCGAGGGAAUCCAGAACAAGCAAGAGUCCUCCAUAGAUUUCCGCUUAGCUGUAAUUUUUCAGGGGCACUAUUAUUAUUUCGUGUUCAAACGAGCCACCAGGGGUGGGACCGCCCUUGACGCAUUAUUAUUCCUCGUAGCAAGCAGCCAGUAGUAGUGAGGGAGCUGGAGGGAAUCUGGCCGAGCUUCGGAACAGGGCCGCAGAACACGGUCAGAAUCACAAGGUUCUCAUGCCACCAUGGGGAUGGCUGUUCUUCGUAUAUGCUUUGAGCAAGAUAGUUUUUGGAGUUCUGAUUUCGACUAUCUAUACGGAGUAGUAUGACCGAUGAUGAAGGACCCACGAAGUGAUUCCCAGAUGAGUUCUGGAUUCUCAAUUGAGGUUUUUUGAAAGAAGGAUAUUUCAAGUUUUAACAUCCGGGCUAUCCACGAGAAGUCAGUUACCUGUGCUGGAUGAUGUCAACUAUGACCUCAGACAGAUAACUAUUCUUCCAGGAAAUCGAAUAGUUAUUCAAAAAGAAGGAUGGGAUGGUUAGAUGAAUGAUGCGAUGGAGAGGGAGAGAAAGUUGGGUUCCUCCCGACCCCAUCCGCUGAUGGCCCCAGUUCCCUUGAUUUGCGGCGGUUCACAACUCUGGGGCCCAAAAAUCAUCAUAAUCCGGACAGAGUGGGAAUUAUUUGACUCUCAGUUCUGAUGUCCACGUCACUGCCAACUGGGAGUGGGAAGACUAACGGCUAUUUUAACUAAUCUACAGUUGUCAAUCGUGGGUCGUACAACUAGCCAGCAACUGCAAGGGCCACAGACAAAAUAUCCGAGAUAAAUUCCCUUCCGUGGGAAGUUGGGAACACCUUGAUUUCGCGGAGUCUGACGCAGCUGCGAACACUCACUGCUGCUCUCCAGCGGCUGGAAUUUGCCCAGCCCCAAUUUGACGUCCUUCCGAGUGCUUCGGUUGCAGCCACAUGUAACAUACGCUGCGUACAGAGCGGUCGAAGCUUGGAAGUAGCGCCACGCCUAGCAGGGAUUGGCCUGCGUGCGUCGAACGAAUCUCAUCUUGCCCGCUGCAAUUAGAUUAUGACAUAUAGAAGCUAGCUCGCCUUUAGUCGCUUUAGUGGGGAGAUUGGUAAAUUUUAUAAUACGCUGCAGUACCGGGGCCAGCCUGAUGGAAGGGUAGCCGGUCCCGGGGUGGAUAUAGGUGGAUAGCUGGACUGAGACAGCGGAUGCGCCCGCCUGGCGACAGUGGCACAGAAAUUAAUUAUAUUCUUCGACCAGGACGGCUGAUAACGACUGAUACGGCUGGUACGAUGUGUGACAGAACACUCCGUUCCCCCUUUUGUGGAUCCUGCCCCUAGAACGAGCACUAAAACUAGCCUCCAGCCUAACCAUCAAUACCGGUCAAUACCGCAUCAAAUACAGCGCCCUCUCCUGCUUGUACCCGGUUCCUGUCCUUCUUUUUCUCUCCUCCCUCUUCUUCUUCUUCUCUUCUUCUUCUCUUUUUUUACAUCUCUUCUUUUUCUUCUCCCUCCUUGCACCGUCCCACGCUCUCUUCAUCCGGUUUGUGAACCGAGUCCAUUCGUUUUUGCCUCUCGUUUCCGGUGCUACCUUCAAUUCCUUCUUAACGACCCCCCCAGUUCCCUUCAAACAGAGAUAUAUAAUUAAUUUUUUACUUGUUCACUAUCUUCAUUUGGCGCUGCAUCAGCCCUUUCUUCUCUCCUUUCUCUCUACGAGGUAGAAAUACACACAAUGCGUUUCGCAUCCAUCGCCUCUGGGGCGGUCUUUAUCGCCAGCGCGGCGGCCGCUGUCCCGCAGCCACCUGGAGACUACUAUAACCGAUAUCCAGUUAAUCCUCCUGAAUAUUCUGUUUCUCCCUCGUCUUCUGCCUAUCCGGAAGAACCCUCGGUGACCCCCCCUGGAUACCCAACUGGAUAUCCUUCCUCCGCUUAUCCAGAGGAGCCCUCAAAGACUCCCGCUCCUUAUCCAACUCCCUCCUCUGCUUACCCAGAGGAGCCUGAGGAGACCCCGUAUCCCACCGAGAGCGAGUGCGAUGAUGAUGAUGAGACUCCUUGCCCAACCGCGUCCCCAUCCUCUGCUUAUCCAGAGGAGCCUGAGGAGACCCCAUAUCCAACUGGAUCUCCUUCCUCUGUUUACCCUGAGGAGCCUGAGGAGACCCCAUAUCCAACCGAGAGCGAGUGCGAGGACGAUGAGACCCCUUAUCCAACUGCGGAGCCAACCUCUGCUUAUCCAGAGGAGCCUGAGGAGACCCCAUAUCCAACUGGAUCUCCUUCCUCUGUCCACCCUGAGGAGCCUGAGGAGACCCCGUAUCCCACCGAGAGCGAGUGCGAUGAUGAUGAGACUGCUUGCCCAACCGCGUCCCCAUCCUCGGCUUAUCCAGAGGAGCCUUCGGAGACCCCAUACCCAACUGUGACUCCUUAUCCAACUGGAUCUCCUUCCUCUGUCCACCCUGAGGAGCCUUCGGAGACCCCGUAUCCCACCGAGAGCGAGUGCGAUGAUGAUGAGACUGCUUGCCCAACCGCGUCCCCAUCCUCGGCUUAUCCAGAGGAGCCUUCGGAGACCCCAUACCCAACUGUGACUCCUUAUCCAACUGGAUCUCCUUCCUCUGUCCACCCUGAGGAGCCUUCGGAGACCCCGUAUCCCACCGAGAGCGAGUGCGAUGAUGAUGAGACUGCUUGCCCAACCGCGUCCCCAUCCUCGGCUUAUCCAGAUGAGCCUUCGGAGACCCCAUACCCAACUGUGACUCCUUAUCCAACUGGAUCUCCUUCAUCUGUUUACCCUGAGGAGCCUUCGGAGACCCCGUAUCCCACCGAGAGCGAGUGCGAUGACGAUGAGACUGCUUGCCCAACCGCGUCCCCAUCCUCGGCUUAUCCAGAGGAGCCUUCGGAGACCCCAUACCCAACUGUGACUCCUUAUCCAACUGGAUCUCCUUCAUCUGUUUAUCCUGAGGAACCCUCUGAGACUCCCUCUGGAUACCCAACUCCUUCGUCCGCUUACCCUGAGGAACCAACUGAGACUCCUGGAUAUCCUUCCUCCGCUUCUCAGGAGCCUACUGAAGCUCCCUCUGGAUAUCCUUCCUCCGCUUCUCCUCAGGAACCUACCGAAGCUCCCUCUGGAUAUCAUUCCUCUGCGUACCCACAGGAGCCUGAGCCAACUGAGACUGAAUGCGAGGAUGACGAGAGCCCAUACCCAACCGGAGCCCCUCCCACCGUCACCGUGCGUCCCACCGUCACCGUGUAUCCCACCCCGCCUGCUGAACCCUCGUCCGCAUAUCCAGUCCAUCCCCCUGAGGAGACCCCAUCUGGAUAUCCCACCGAGAGUGAGGCCUACCCGACUGGCGAAUACCCAACCGAGACUGAGGUCGUGACCAAGUACAUCACCUUCUGCCCGUCUCCAACCACCAUCACCUAUGGCACUCAUACCUAUACUGUCACCGAGGCCACCACCUUGACCAUGACCGGUCCCAUCACCAUCGUCAAGCCAAUCUACAGCUCCACUGUCACCGAGUGCGUUGACUGCCCAUACCCAACCCCCGGUCCCAGCACUCCCCCCUUCCCAACUGGCGGCUACAUGACCUCCGUCCCAGUCCCACCAGUCGAGUACCCAACUAAAGGCUACCCCAGCCCAUCCGGCGUGUUCCCAACUGGCGGCCCAAUCCCCUCUUACCCCAGCGGUGCCUCCCGCGGCGUUAUCAACGCCGGUGCUGGUCUUGUCGCUCUCCUUGCAUUCGCUGCUUACCUUCUGUAAGCGGAUGUAAGUGUGACGGCGGGUAGUUAGUUGUGCUUCGAUGUAUUUUUUUGUUGAAUUUUUGGAGUAAUUUUAAUUUGUGCUUUUCUUUGGUGAUGAGAGAGAGAGGUGGCGGUUGUGAAGGGAGAAGAAGAAGAGAAGAGUUGGAUAUCUUGUCUAUUUAAUUAGCUGAUGAGGUGAGAGAUAGAGAGAAUUUGUUUCGUUUUUAAUUUCUUUUCCCUGGUCUGUUAAAAUGUCAAUUGUCUCAGAAUAUCACUUUACAUAUAUAUGUAUAUUCGCGUACAGUAGCACAUUUUCUUGUUAAAUUUCUUUCAUAUACAUAUCUUGUAAUUAAAUUUUGAAGGAAUUUAAACCAGUCACUCGUUGGAUUGUCUUUGGCUUGAAAUAAGUCUGACAUCACACCAUUUAGACCUUUCUUUGCUCCCGAGUAUUUCCUAUUUUCCAAUUAUGUCUACAUAGUAUGUUUGAAGGUACUCGGGUAUCUAGGAAACCCUUCCUUUUGCUCAUAGAAUUCUCUCUUCAUCUCUAUAUCUACUGUGCGGUGUUUCUAUGAUUGUUUGGAUGGCACCACGCAUCACCAUACGAAUUGGAACUGUUUAAAACCCAAUUAACC